AUGCUGAUGCGUCCGUGGGUCUUUCAUGCAUGCCAUACGGCCCCGUCAUUCCAUCUCGGCGUCCAUCGUACACAGCGUCUGCUCGAGCGCUUCUACUGGUGGAUUGGUUUGGAUCGUUCCGUGCGCUGGUGGCUUCGGGUGUGUUUGGUGUGUCAAGCUCGCAAGACUUCACGUCAGACCGCUCGGUGGCCCGUCAUCGCUAUGCCAUUGCCGCAGGGGCCUGGUACGGUCGUCGGCGUCGACUUCUUCGGACCUCUGCCAGUGACUGCCAAGGGCAACUCCUACAUUUUGUUCUUCACAGACCGUUUCAGUCGGAGAGCCGACAUGUUCGCAGUUACAGCGGCGGAAUUUACGGCGAGAGGGACGGCUCACAUCUUCGUCAACCAAUACAUGACCAAGUGGGGAUGUCCGACUACGUUAUUGUCGGACAACGGACUGCAUUUCUGCUCGAAGCUCUCCAUGGCGAUCUACGAGGUGAUGAAGAUCAAGAAGGUCACCACCAGCUCCUACCACCCACAGACCAACGGCGGCACUGAACGCGUCAACCACACGAUGGCCCAGAUGCUUGCGGUGGUCGUCAACGAGCAGCAAAACGAUUGGGAUACAUCUCCCGCACGUUGA